CAAAUCCCUUCCCCAUACAACAAACAACCUUGUCCAUUAACGACAAAUUCUUUAAGCCUUCAAAAUUAGCAUAGCACAUUUGCAGCUGUCAUCAUCUCCACCAUCUCAUCUCCUGCAUAUCCUGUAUUGACGACCCAUUGCUCUCCCUUGCCGCGUCACCUCAUCCCAAAUAGCCUCAAAGCCUUGGCCAUCUGAAUCUGAGAUCCCUGCAUAUUGAGUUGGUCCAAGUUCUGCAUCGCAAUGGCAACCUUGGAUAACGCGAAUCCAACUAUCCUGAGUGCAUCUCAGCUGCCUACCCGGCAGAAGAAGUCUGAGCCGCGUCGGGGUCCGGACUCCAAAUACGACGAUAUCAUCUUCGCGAAGCCAUCGUAUCUUUCAGGGCCUUUCGGUCAAGGUCCGGCCGCAUGGCCUCGAAUGAACGACUGGCAGGAUGAAUUCUCAUCCGAAGCUAUUGACGAACAAGAAAUUUAUGAUCUGAUCUCAACAAUCUCGGAUCCAGAGCACCCGGUAUCACUCGGCCAAUUGUCAGUGAUUAACCUCUCUGAUAUUCACAUUACUCCCUCUCCUUCUAUGGGCGUUCCUGACCCCAAUACCAUCGUCCAGGUGGUUGUGGAGAUCACGCCUACCAUCACCCACUGUUCGCUAGCCACCGUUAUCGGACUGGGAGUUCGAGUAAGACUGGAGCAGGCGCUGCCGCCCAACUACCGUGUGGAUGUUACCUGCAAAGAGAACAGCCACAACCAAGAUGACCAAGUCAACAAGCAAUUAGGCGAUAAGGAACGAGUUGCUGCAGCUUUAGAGAACGACACUCUGAAGGGAGUACUGGACAAGAUGUUGGAAACUUGCGCUUAGUCAUGACAAAAGCUUCUAUUUUUGAAGACUACACUCUUUUAGAAGGCUUCAAUAUCACAGGGAUUCGGCUCGCUGAUCUUCUGGUGCGCACCAUCGAUUAAUGUCACUACAACAUAGACAAGUGACCAAUACGAAGGAUGCGGAACAUGAUCAUUCUCGUUCCGAAGCCGAAUGGCAGGAG